UUGUUUCUCACAAAUGAAUUUGAUUUGGAAUUUGUUUUUUGUUUAUUGUUUUGUUUUGAUUUUUACUAUACAGUAACAAACAACAGGUUACAAACUGAAACAAAACAAGCUGUAUUAGGCUUACCUUUUGAUAUUGACUUCUCAGUGCUACGCUACGUCUUAUGUUGAUUACAAGCCUUAAACAGGUUGAGAGAGUAAAGGGAAUAAAACAAGAGAUUAAACAAUUUUAAGAAUUUAUAUAAUACAAUAGAAGAAUACAAGAAAAAAGACUGAAAAAGAUAAUACCGUAAGAAAAAAGAUAAGACUCACUCAAAUAUAUUGUAAAAUACCUAACAUACAUAGCAAGAUUUAAUUACGAGAACAUUUAAUCUUGAAUGAGAAAGCAAGCAUAUCAUGUAUCUGCUAUACAUUUUAGAAGUCCUACAACACAAGAUUACGAUUUAAAAUAUAUACAAACCCCUCUGACUAUUGACUUUCCCGAUUAGUAGUUUUAUAUGAUGAGUUUCACAGGGAUAAAAAGUGCAAGACAGGAUCUGCUAACUCACAAAACAAACUUUCCUCUCAAGUGUCCAAUAUGUGAGCAAAACUGUUCAACCUUAUUCACAAUGAAGGUUCAUAUGUUACAUCACACUGGAGAGCGUCCCUUUAAAUGUUUGACAUGUGAGAAAACCUUUUUCCAACUUAAUCAUGUAAAGAGUCAUUUGCUGGUACACCAUGGGAAGUGUCCUUAUAAGUGUACUGCAUGUGGGAAAUCCUUUAUAUCCAAAAGCCAUAUGGCGAGGCAUUCAUUGGUUCAUACAGGUGAGAGACCUUAUAAGUGCUCUACAUGUGGGAAAUCCUUUAUAUCCAAAAGCCACUUGAAGACACAUAUUGCAAUGGUUCAUACAGAUGAGAGACCUUAUAAGUGCACUUUAUGUGGAAAAUCCUUUGCAUUUAAAAGCCAACUAAAGAGACAUAUUGCAAUGGUUCAUUUAGGAGAGAGGCCUUAUGAGUGCAUUACAUGUGGAAAAUCUUUUGCAUUUAAAAGCUGUAUGAAUACACAUAUUGCAAUGGUGCAUACAAGAGAGAGGCCUUAUAAGUGCACAUCGUGUGAAAAAUCAUUUACAAUCAAAAGUGAUCUGAAAAGACAUUUAUUGGUUCAUACAGGUGAGAGGCCUUACAUUUGCCCUACAUGUGGAAAAUCCUUUACAACCAAAGGUGUAUUGAAGACACAUUCAUUGGUUCAUACAAGAGAGAUACCUUACGAGUGCACUAUAUGUGGAAAAUUCAUUGCAUCAAAAGGCUAUAUGAAAAUACAUACAUUAAUGCAUAAAGGAGAGAGGCCCUAUAAGUGCACUACAUGUAAAAAAUCCUUCACAACCAAAAGUGAUAUGAAAAGACAUUCACUAGUUCAUAUGGGGGAGAGACCUUACAAGUGCUCUAUGUGUGGAAAAUCCUUUGCAACCAAUAGUGAUAUGAACAGACAUUCAUUGGUUCAUACAGGAGAGAGACCUUACAAGUGCUCUAUAUGCGGAAAACUAUUUGCGACUAACGCCGUUAUGAAGACACAUACUAGACAGGUUCAUACAGGAGAGAGACCUUAUAAGUGCACUUCAUGUGGAAAAUCCUUUACAACCAAAGGUGGAUUGAAGAGACAUUCAUGGGUUCAUACGGAAGAGAGACCUUACAAGUGCCCUUCAUGUGAAAAAUCAUUUGUAACCAAAUAUGAAAUGAAGCGGCAUUCAUUGGUUCAUACAGGAGAGACCUUACAAGUGUACAUGUAGGCCUAGAAGAUUCUUUGCAUAAAAAAAUGAUGACAAAUAUAUUGGUUCAUACAGGAGAGAGACCAAUAAGUGAACUCCAUGUUGAAAAUAAUUUGCAUCUAACUUUGUUAUGAAGAGACAUCUGUUUAUACAGGAGAGAGACCUUAUAAGUGCUCUACAUGAGGAAAUUCCUUCAGAACUAUAGGUGAAUUGAAGAGACAUUCAAUCAUAGGGGAGAGAGACCUUACAAGUGCACUAUUUGUGGAAAACUCUUUGUGUCUAACAACUUUACGGUGUACGUCCAGAGUGCACGCCAAUUCAGAUUCAGAAUCUGAUUCGGAUUUUCGGUGCUUGGUUAAUCUGAGUCAGAUAUUUUGUUGGUGGCCACAUUGGAAGCAGGAAAUUUGCCGCAGGUACUGACUCUGUAAGUAAAGAAACAAGUUAGUCGCUCUUAUGGAAUUGUUGGAUGAGGAAUUAACGUGUAAAAUUAUAGUGUCUGAAACUGUUGUGAAGUUACAGCAGGUGAAACCACCAAACUUAUUAAAAUUGGACAUCACAUUGUAAGAAACUGGUGUAACCUUCAUAAACAAAAAAAUCCUGAAGACCGUUUAGUGGUAACCCUCAAAGUAAGAAUGAAAAAAAAUUAUUUUGCCAUAAAAACAUAAUUUAUUGAACUAAAUUGUAAUGUGAAUCUGGCACCAGAAUGAAGAAUUCAUUCCUGCCUGCACGCGGGCUCGGAAACCGGCAGCCACUACUGCCACUUCCAUUUGAAUGCAAGUGCCAUUCCUGCCACCGAAAAUCUGAAUCUGAAUCAGGGUGCACUCUGGAUGUACCGUUAUGAAGACGCAUACUAGACAGGUUCAUACAGGAAAUAUACCUAAGUGCUAUUCAUGUGGAAAAUCCUUCACAACCAAAGGUGAGUCACAGUAACUCAAAGUAACCAAAGAGGUUUGCCAUAAUGCUUUAGUUUUUUGGAAGCUUUACGUGUGCUCUUUGCUUUCUUUGGGGGUUCUCUCUAAAGUUACUUGAAAUUUAAGGAUUUUAAAAGUUGCCCUAUAGAUAUCCUUGAAUUUCACAGAAAAUAAAGUGAUUCUUAAAGUAAUGUUAAAAGGAGUAUUCAAUGGCAUUUUCAAGUGACUGAAAGGAAUAUCAAGAAGACAAGGACAUCACCUAAAGGAUUUUGUUUUUAAGAAAUGGAAAAAUGACUUUGUUAAGUUAAAAUGGCAAAAGAUAAGCUGUGUUUUGAUGUGCUAUUUAUAUGUAUAGGGUAAAUAGUAUUGAAUUUGUACUAUUUAUAAAUAUGGGCGCUUUCAUUGCGUCACACUGUACUUAUGGUGGAAAUAAUGCAUAAUAAAAUAUACUGGUCAUAGACAGUUAGUAUAUUUAAUUGUUAAAAGUAGUUUCUUACAGAUGCUUUAGGCUCCUGGUUUAACAUUAUUCAGAACUUUCUUUUUAAGUUUAAGGAUUUUAUCAAGGUUUGGUGCACUCGUGCCCCCAUAGAUAUCUAGAUGACAGUUGAGUGUAUUUGAGCAAAAUAAAUACAUUUUCAAGUUUCUAGAUUAAACAAAAAUUACAUUCUUUUUAAGACGAGUAAUCCCAAAGAAUUUGUUUUCGCUAAAUGUAGAACAUGUAAAUUCCAAUUCAAAUGAUUAGAUCCACUAACAUAAACAUAAAAAUAUUGUGAAUUUUAUUGUCUCUUGACUUGGAUCGAUAUGAACAUUUCCAGAUUGUCUUUAUGUUGCACUGUUUUAUUUACAAGAACAUUUUAUUUUUCCCUUCAUGAUUUAAAAAUUAACUGUUUUUAGAGGAAUAAGAUUGAAAAAAUUUGAAGUAUUCAUUACACACUAUUUCAAAAAUUUCAAGAUCAUUAUAAGAUGUAGAUGAUGUUAUCAAAUUUGAAUCGUCAGCAGCAUACAGAACUAACCUGCUAUUGAUACCAUUAAAACUUUUUAAUAUAGAGGGCAUUCCUUGUACAUAAAACAAGAAUAACAAAGGUCAAAGAAUAGAACCUUGUGGAACUCCAUGUUUGAUGUUUAUUACUUUUUAGUUAUGUUUUAAGAUUUUACCAUUUGUUUCUUACACAAUCUCAACAUACUGUAUUCUAUUAGAGAGAUAUGAUUCAAACCAAUGUAUAUAACGUUCUGUUAUACCCAGAUAUUGCAAUUAACUUAAAAGUAUUUUGUGUGAGAUACUUUCAAAAGCUUUUGUAAGGUCCAUAAAAACACUAACUACUUUGUUUCCUUUAUCAACUGCAUCAAUUAUAGUGCCUGUGUCUGUAAAAUCCAUUAAAGUAAUAGUUAUAGACUUGCCUUUUCCAAACCCAAGUUACUCAUUAUCAAAGAAAUCAUUAGCUCAUCACAUCACACAUUAUUCGUUCUUAGACCUGAUUUAUAAAUAAUAUGAACAUAUUUGAUAGUGAUCAACAUAGAGCACACGUUUUUCUGAAUACACAAGAAUUUAAAAACUCAUGUUUUGAAGGACAGUAUGAGUCAGGUAUAACAAUUUUUCGUUAUUAACAUUAGAUCAAUAAGAAAAAAUUGGAUCAGUUUUUGAUUUAUUUUUAUAAAGGUUUUGCAUUUGUGGACAUAAUUAUAUUUACUGAAGUUAAUGUAAAAGAAACUCUCUGACAUUCUGAAAUUUUUAAUAUUAAGGGAUAUAGCAUAGCCUAGUGCUUAAUUUAAGACAAAUAAAAAAAAGGUGGAGGUAGGCCUAUUGUAAUUUUUAUUAAUGAAAACAUUUUAGUACAUGGGUUAGAUGUAAACAGUAGUCUAGUAGUUUUGAAAGCAAAGUAAUUAAUGUCACAAAAAUAUUUAUUUUAUAAAUAUUGUAGCCACAUGAGUUGUUGCAUUGUUAUUCUUCUUCUUGAUUUUUGCACAGAUCGCUUACAAAUCCGUAUUAAUCCAUCUAAUAAUCCGUCUAAUUAAUUUUAACAAGCCUCCUCCCUCUUUGAUACCAAAGAUGACAUUUUACUCAGCACAGUAAUUUCCAACACCUCCAAACUGAAGUAGCCGCUACAACUCGCCAUAUGUGACCGGAAGUUUUUUCAAGCCUGCGAGUACGAGUGGCGACUAAUAGCAGCGAGUAAACUCGCCAUGUGUGACAGGGCCUUUUAAACAAAUUUUCAAAAAGAGUUUGAAAAUUACUAGUUCCAACUUUUUUAAUAGAUUGCCAACUGAAAAAGAAAAUAUAACUAGUUUUAGAGUCUUGAAGUCUAGGCUUAAGCAUUGUUAUCUCAAUGAAUCCAUUUAAAUAUUGUUUAUUAAAUUACUUACAUAUAAUAUUAUUGUUUAAGUAAAAAUCAUUUCAUGCAUGUUAUUUACUUUAAUAUUGUCAUCUCAAGGAAUCCAUAGAAACUCGUUAAAUUGUUGUUAUUAUAAUUUAUUUAAUUAUUUACGUAUUGUUGUAUUGUUAUAUCAUUUUAUCCAUUUCAAAUCUGAUUGAAUAUUGUUGCCAAAAUUACUCAUUAUAUUAUUGUUAAAGUUGAGAAGUACCUAUUUAAUGCAUGUUAUUUUUUGUUAAAUAUUUAUUUAUUUAAGAUAUUUGUUUCAAGUUCUUGUUAUAGCAAAUUAAUGUUAGUCUUCUAUAAAAAGGUAGAGUAUAAGUGGAAACAACAAUGAUAGCAGAUCUUGACAAGAAAAACAAGAGACAAGGAAAACCAAAGUGUAUGGAUAAGGACUGACCAAGGGACAAAGUAGAUUGUUAUCAAGAACAUGUUUUUCUCUAUGAGCUGCAGAUAAGCAAAAUUGUCCUGGCUUUUGAAACAAGUUGUUUAUAAAAUUCUGUAAGAUUUUGUAAUUUUUCAAAUAAAUAAAAAAAGUUAUUU